GCGGUUUGGAUGGGGCUGACGUUACCUCUGAAUUUAUUGAUCCGAUCAACUUUUAAAUGAAGGUUAAGAAUGUUCUGCGAUAACAGAUGAACAGCAUCAAUGACGGCGGCACUUGUUUGAAGAACUCCAUUGAGAAUUAAUUCUGUUGCACAAUGACAGUUUUUCAUUUGGAUGAUUUUUUAGCAGGAUGGAUUGGAGGAGCAUCGAGUGUGGUGGUUGGACAUCCUCUUGAUACUGUUAAGACUCGUUUACAGGCCGGCAAAGGAUACAAGAGCACUCUACACUGUGUUGUAACAAUCUACAAGAAGGAAACUGUUACUGGCUUUUUCAAAGGACUUUCCUUUCCACUGGCAAGCAUCACCCUCUAUAAUUCUAUGGUCUUUGGCUUCUUCAGUAACACACAACGACUCAUUAGCAGAUAUCGCUAUGGUGAUGGUAGACACCCAUCAAGCAUGCUUGACUUAACUGUAGCAAGCAUGUUAACUGGCCUUGUUUCAGUGGUGCUGGGUGCCCCAGUUGACCUUGUCAAAAUUAGGCUCCAGAUGCAAACCCAACCUGUUCUCACAGAGAAUUUAAACCUCGCUGGAAACGGGAAUGUUCCUCUUCGUUCAAUGGGAAUUCAGACCCAGUCUAUGUACAGAGGGCCACUCCACUGCAUUAAUACCAUACUGCAGAAUGAGGGCAUCCAAGGGCUCUACAGAGGAGCGGGAGCCAUGAUAUUGCGGGAUGUACCUGGUUAUGCUCUUUACUUCAUCCCAUACUCAUUAUUUUGUGACUGGCUGAAUCCUAAUAGCAAUGGCUCCCCCCAUCCCUGCUCCAUAUGUCUUGCAGGAGGUUUAGCAGGAUCCAUCUCAUGGGUCACGGCCACACCAUCUGAUGUGGUAAAAAGUCGGUUGCAGGCAGAUUCCAUGCAGGAGAGGAAAUACAAAGGCAUUCUGCACUGCAUCAUGCAAAGUUACAAAACAGAAGGAAUUCAUGUUUUCUUCCGAGGGGCAACCGUGAAUGCUAUCAGAGGAUUUCCAAUGAGUGCUACCAUGUUUCUAUGUUACGAACUUUCCCUCCAGUUUUUCCGAAGUUUUUAACACACAGUAACUCUGUCUGUUUCUGAAAAGAUUCUAAUGCACAUUUACAGUAUAUGCUCCUCCAAAUGAUUUCAGAGAUUUAAAUGGCAUGUAGAGACUUACAUGUGGCUUAUAUUGAUGUGAGUUUGUUGUUGAUACAUGGAAUAGUAUCAGUGAAGCUUUUAGGCUUUUCUUAUAUUAAGAAAUAGUGGUUAAUAGGUGCAUAUUUUGAACAUUGUUUUAAUCAAAUAUUUUAAUAUAUAAUUGUGCAACAUCUGCAUGUGAAUGCUGUACUACUUUAAAUUUUGCUCUUAUACAUGUGCUUAUUAUCCAAUUAAAUGUAUACUCCAUGGCCUUUACCAUUGAACACCUAGCAUAUUAUUAGCCUGUGCUUAAAGGUUGUAAAUAUGUUUAACAAUAUAUCAUUUUGAAGAUAUUUUUAAAUUGCUGAUGCAUUAUGAUGCACAUAUAUGAAGAAAUAUAAUUAAGUA